GCACAGACCACUAAUUAAGGGUCGCGUGCAGCACGCGUCCGAUGAUGAGAAAGUUCUCUUAUAUCAAGCAUCCACAAUUCAACAACUGCAUUUCGAUUCCCAGUACUUGAUUUACCGCUGACAAUGGCACUUCUCGUCGAUAGACUCAGGCCUAGAAACCUUGAUGCCCUCACCUACCAUCAUGAUCUUUCUGCCCGAUUAAAAUCACUCGCGCAAAGCGGUGAUUUCCCCCAUCUUUUAGUUUAUGGGCCGUCGGGAGCUGGUAAAAAGACAAGAAUAAUUGCUACGCUCAGAGAACUUUUCGGUCCUGGCGUCGAAAAGAUUAAGAUCGACGCGCGAGUCUUUCAAACGAGCAGCAAUCGCAAGCUGGAAUUCAACAUUGUCUCCUCCAUCUACCACCUUGAAAUUACCCCAUCCGAUGUCGGGAACUACGACCGGGUUGUGGUCCAGGAGCUUCUAAAGGAAGUUGCGCAGACACAACAGGUCGACUUGUCCGCGAGGCAGCGAUUUAAGGUCGUUGUGAUUAACGAGGCAGAUCAUCUCACGAGAGAUGCGCAGGCGGCCCUACGAAGAACGAUGGAAAAAUACAGUCCUAAUCUGAGACUUAUUCUACUUGCCAAUAGCACAGCGAAUAUUAUCGCGCCCAUUCGGUCCAGAACUCUCCUUGUUAGGGUCGCCGCGCCCACUGAGGCUGAGAUAUGCCAAGCGCUGCAAGUUGCAGAGAAAAAAGAAGGCUGGGCAGAGGCACCAGGCCUUAACAAACGAAUAGCCAAAGAGAGUGGGCGGAAUCUAAGACGUGCUCUUCUCAUGUUAGAAGCUAUAUAUGCACAGAACGAGAAAGUGACGGAUGACACUCCUAUCCCGCCACCAGACUGGGAGGCAUUGAUUUCUUUGAUAGCAGAUGAAAUCAUGGCAGAGCGCUCACCCGCCAGAAUUCUUCAGGUUCGAGCGAAAUUAUACGACCUUUUAACGCAUUGUAUCCCUCCAACAACUAUCCUCAGGACGUUGACUUUCAAAUUAAUACCUAAAAUCGACGACGCAUUGAAACCCGAAGUUAUCAAAUGGGCAGCUUUCUACGAACAUAGGAUAAAGCUUGGAAGCAAGGUUAUAUUUCAUCUGGAAGCGUUUGUUGCUAAAUUUAUGCGAGUACUCGAGAGCUACUUAAUGGGCCUCGAAUUCUAAGCACUCGUAUCUCUUCCAUGUCGUUAACGCAUGGCGUAUCUGGCGUUUUGGGGCUGUGGCUUUGGUUUGCUCUGAGAAACCGUGCAAUUGGGAUCAGGGUCAUUGCUGUGAUUUUUUAGUCUUACGCUGUGGUUUGAUCGUGCGCUGCGCAGGGUGGAGCAACGCCUAUCGAAAGCAAAAAGAUAGCAAUGUGCCAUUGCCAAUCUUUAGAAUCCGGUUAUACAAAAUCUGUUUAUAUAUUCCUCUGUUUAUUGGGAAUCCCAAAUGUGCCCAUUGUCUAUUCCAGGAUGCCCCCUUCAAAUAUCCAGACAUGAGCCACGUUAUUUUGCGGCAAGUAAGAAUGCACACCAAUUUUUUUAUUGGGAAAGCUCUUCUAUUCGACACAUGGAUAUUUUAACGCCGUAAUGUACAUGUACACGGAGAAAAACGGAAAGAAUUUAUUGCGAUUGCGCAGGUGCGGAAACCUCCGGCGGUGGUGGUUGUGCUGCCUUCGAAUUCAACGGAACUUCUCUCCGCGCCCUCUUCAAUGAUUCCAGCGUAACGCCAUUCUGCAGUUUUGUAAGGCCCACCAUAGGAGGAUCGCCCUUCUUCACGAAUUCAUAAAGCCCUAUGAGGAAAGUCUGUGUUAGCUAUCCGCCAUGCGUCUCUGUCUCUACUCAAACUUCCAGCCGGAAAACAAAACGCAGCCUAAGAAACAUACCAGGCAUCUUGGCGGCUGCCAAUCUAAACGCCUCUCUCGCUACUUUCUCGUGGAUAUCCCCCUUCAAUUCGAAAAUGAUUCGAUUAACCGCGACUCUUGCAGCCCAGUAAUCGAAUUUACCCUUUCC